AUGCAAAGUCUGUUGGCCGCCGCCUCGUUCAAAAAAUUCGACCGUUGGCGUCUCUCCCUUCUUCGCGUUUUAUCUGUGUUCGACGAGAGGCCCCGACAAUCCCUAACGCCCACCGAGAGAACCGACAGCGGCUGCGGCAUGCUUCUGAGCCCAGGGUUUCGGUCCGCUGCCGCCAUGGCCGGGUGGGACGAGGAAGCCCUCCUCUUCGCGACCGUCGUCGUGGAGGACACGCCCGUGAGGGAAUCCCGUCAGCACAAGCGGAGGCGCCUCAGGACCCCCUUAUCGACCACCUCCACGAGAAAGCGGGCGCCGCGGAGGAAGCCUGCGGUCUCGAUUCCGCCCGUGGUGCUUCGUCUCGACGACGACGACGACGACGAAGAAAAAGCCGCUGAUCGUGGCGGUGAGACAACGAACAAGGAGACCGAGGCGGCGGUGGCCGUCGACGGAGCAAAGCAGAUAGACAAAGAAGGAUCUUUGUCUGAGAAGGCACCGAUCAAGGGGUUGCCGUGCAUGGAUCGGUUGAGGGAAGAGCUAUCCUGCGCUAUUUGUCUGGAGAUUUGCUAUGAGCCAAGCACUACUCCUUGUGGGCACAGCUUUUGCAUCAAAUGCUUGAAAUCUGCCGCUAAUAAAUGCGGAAAGAAAUGCCCAAAAUGUAGGCAACUGAUAAGCAAUGCGAGAUCUUGCACCAUAAAUACGGUAUUGUGGAACACAAUUCAGCUUCUAUUCCCUGAAGAAGUGGAAGCACGGAAGAGCAGCAGCGCAGUCGCUGCUACUCCACGUGGUGGCAAAACCCAGAGCAGCAGUUCUGAACAGAACAACAGCAACAGAAACAUCAGUAGCAGAAGCAUCAGGAGAAGUGCAGCUCAAGCUUCUUCCCAGGUGACGGAGAGAGACACCAGGAGCUUCAGAAGAAGGAUUGGCCCGAGCCAGUCGGAGGACGCAGCCAUGGCUUUGAGGUUGCAAAGGGAAGAAUUCAGGGUGGCAUUUCAAGGCAGCCGCGAGCAACAGCUACGCGCACUCCGUUCUGCUCGAGCCAAUCUUAGAGCUGCCGCCUCCAUGACCGUCUACGGUCGCCUAAGGGGCCGAACAACGUAACAUAGCGAUUGAUUGACCGGUUGAUGACAAUGCUCUGCUGCAUUCUCUUUGCCAUUUCAAAUUCUUUCUGAUGGCUACUAUUCUCAUAGUGUUCAGAAAGAAAGAUUCAAAGAAUCAGGCAGGAACCGUGGAAAUCUUUGUGCUAGUUGGUCAACUCUUAAUCCAAUGUUAUUCUGAAUUCAAAUGAAUUAUUUAUGACUCAAACACAAUAGUCAACUGUUACGUUACUGUGUCUUGUUUGCAGGUCAACCUCAUUUUGUUACUACAAAAUACUGUUAAUUCCCAUCAUUUUCCUAUUGAUGAAGGAGAGAUUCAAA